UUUUCCCUCUCUUUCUCCACUCCUUUUUCUUUCCAAACAGGGAAAAGUGUGCCGUGAAGCGGAGGUGCCUUUCCGCCUCGCCUUUUCCUCCAGGACUCGGUUUGCGGCUCCGGCCGGGCGCAGGCUGGUGGGGCGUGCACCAGGGUCCCUCGGUGCCCCAGGGCGCAGGGCGCGGGGACCCGGGGCGAGGCACGAGGCCAGCUCCCGCGCCCGCACAUGGCUGUAGCCCCGCGAGCUCCCCAAGGCGCCGCGCCCAGCUCCCCAAAGGUCCGUCUGCUGCGCCCGGACGCCCCGCAGCCAGGCAGCGGCUGAGCGGGGGGCGCGCCCGCGUCCGGGGAUCGGGAUGUCCCUCCUCCGCCUCCUCUUGCUAGUCUCCUACUGUGUUGGAACCCUGGCAACUCACACUGAGAUCAAACGAGUGGCAGAGGAGAAGGUCACUUUGCCCUGUCACCAUCAACUGGGGCUCCCUGAAACAGACACCCUGGAUAUCGAAUGGCUGCUCACUGAUAAUGAAGGUGGACAAAAAGAGGUGAUCACUUACUCCAGUCGUCGUGUCUACAGUAAUUUCUCUGAGGAACAAAAGGGCCGAGUGGCUUUUGCUUCCAACUUCCUGGCAGGAGAUGCCUCCCUGCAGAUUGAGCCUCUGAAGCCCAGUGAUGAGGGCCGGUACACGUGCAAGGUGAAGAACUCAGGGCGCUACAUGUGGAGUUACGUCAUCUUAAAAGUCUUGGUGAGACCAUCCAAGCCCAAGUGUGAGCUAGAAGGAGAGCUGACCGAGGGAAGCGAUCUGACUCUGCAGUGUGAGUCAUCCUCGGGCACAAAGCCUAUUGUGUAUUACUGGCAGCGAAUUCGAGAGAAGGAGGGAGAGGAUGAGCAUCUGCCUCCCAAAGCCACGAUUGACUUCAACAAUCCUGGCCGAGUUCUGCUGCAGAAUCUUACCAUGUCCUCUUCUGGGCUCUAUCAGUGCACCGCAGGCAAUGAGGCUGGGAAAGAAAGCUGUGUGGUGCGAGUGACCGUGCAGUAUGUACAAAGCAUCGGCAUGGUUGCAGGAGCAGUGACAGGCAUAGUGGCUGGAGCCCUGCUGAUAUUCCUCUUGGUGUGGCUGAUAAUCCGAAGGAAAGACAAAAAAAGAUAUGAGGAAGAAGAGAGACCUAAUGAAAUUCGAGAAGAUGCUGAAGCACCGAAGGCCCGCCUUAUGAAGCCCAGCUCCUCUUCCUCAGGCUCUCGGAGCUCACGCUCUGGCUCUUCCUCCACCCGCUCCACAGCAAACAGUGCCUCACGCAGCCAGCGGACAAUGUCAACUGAAGCAGCACCCCAGCCAGGGCUGGCGAGCCAGGCAUAUAGCCUUGUGGAACCAGAGGUGAGAUGUUCUGAACCAAAGAAAGUCCACCAUGCUACUCUGACCAAAGCAGAAACCACACCCAGCACAAUCCCCAGCCAGAGCAGAGCCUUCCAAACUGUCUGAAUUAGAGUGGACCUGACUCUUGUGCUUUUUUAGGAGUCAGGAUCUUAGGACUCUUCCAGCCAUUGGAACUCUGCCACCAGCCACACAGACUCCUUGAGAGACGAGAAAAGGUCAUUUAAGCAGCAGUGAAUAUCCCAUGGAACAGAUUCAGAUGAGCGCUUUCCUUAUACUACACCAAACAAGCAAAAGGAUGUAAGCUGAUCAUUUCUAAAAAGGGAUCUCAUUGAGCCUCUGGACUGGAGUGGGGAAGCAGGAGUGCAAAUCUAUUUGUUGAACAGGAGGUGAGAAGACUGGGGAAAGGGAGUAAAUACACCUAAAACUUCUCCCCUAGGAUGUUUUGUAUCAGUGCUUCAAUUCACCAUGAUCAAGUAAAAAUGGGCAUUGCUCCUAAAUUUUCUAUGCAUUUCUGCAGACCACUGAAUUAUUGUGAUUAUUCAGAGUCAAACAGAAUCCACGGCCUUAUACUUGUUUGUACCAUAUACUGAGAUAACCGCCUCUAAGGAACUCCUGGGAAGAAAAUGUCUUUUUUUUUUUUUUUCUGAUUUGACUUCAUCUAUUGCAAAGCUUGGAAAUAAAUUUCAAGAGAAGCUGAAGUAGUGGCAGAUGGAAAAGAAUGAUUUGAGCUUCUCCUCUUCUAUCAACUAUCAGUAUCUUGACUUACAUUGAACCCUAAAAUAAAAACUAUAAAUUGUAUGACAAAGGUCUAUGAAAAGCUUUCCAUCUUGACACUCAGAGAAAAUUGCUAACCAAUACAAGAAAUGUUUACUAGAGCAAUUAUGGAAUUUCCCCUCAAAUCAGAUGCCUCUAAGGAUUUCUGAGCUAGAUAUAUCUGGAAGGAAAUAUUUAGUAGGUGUCACUUAGCAAUGUCCUUAGAAUGAAGUCCUCUAGAGAGAAUAAGAUCUAGGGGUAUUAAAAGAUUAUGUAACAUACCAUAAUUACUUUUUCCUGGGAACAUGUGAAACCAGAAUUGAAGACUGAAUAUGAAAGGGAGAUUACAUCAGUUUUUUAGGAAUAAUGUGAGUUUAGUAUUCUACCAAACUUGAAGAUUCCUCCAUUUCUUUCAUUUUAGAGGAUGUAAACCUGGUACUUUUGAAGUUUCUAGAUCUUAAAGUAUCAAAAAGAUCAUAGAUUGCCAUUAUUUCAUAAUGGGUGUGCAAGUCUAUGCCAUAAGCAUUCCCUCCUGGGAGGCUGAAAGAGAAAUUCAGUAUUUUCCCAACGUUAGCUUCUAAGAAUGCCUAUAUCUGGGCUGGAAAAAAAAGGGAACUAACACUUAGGGAAGGCAUAGUAAAAAUACUGAGCGGGUGGCAGGACAGGGUGCUACUAGAGCCUAACAUUUUAGCUGCCAGUUUCUUGGAAAGAGUUAACUGCCAAGGAUUCAUCAAGGAAGAUAUUGAAAGAACUG